AUGCGCCUCGCCCACCUGCGCAAGGCGCCCGAGGAGCGGCGGCUCGCCGAGGUCGCGACGUGCUACGAGCUGCUCUCUCAGAUCUACCUCAUGAAUCACCGCAUCCGGCUCGCCGACUACUGCGCGCGCCGCUCGCUCGCCCUCGGCCUCCGCCUCGCCUCGCUCGCGCCGGUCGUGGCGCGCGCGUACGCCGACCUGCUCGCGGUGACGGCGGCGACGGGCGGCUCGCGCCGCGCGGUUGCGUACUACAAGGCGCAGGCGCUCGGGUCGUGCCGCCAGCUGGGCGAGUACGCGCAGCUCGCCUUCACGCUCCUCGCGGUCGGCAUCCACGACGCCGCCUCCGCGCGCUGGGCGGCCGCGCGCGACAACCUCUCCCGCGCGCGCGAGAUUGUGCACGGGCUCAAGGACCGCCGGCUGUGGGAGGACGUCGUCUCGCACCGCGGCCACCUCGAGUUCUACGCGGGCGACUUUGCGGCCUCGCUCGAGUGCUACCAGGCGGCGCUCGAGUCGGCCGAGGCGCGCGCGGACAAGCAGAUGAUCAACCGGUGCCAGUCGGGCAUCGCCGCCGUCAACCUCGCCUCGAACCGCACCGCCGAGGCCCACGCGAUCCUCAAGGAGACCAACUCGUACGGCCAGCUCGCCCUCUGCCUGCUCCGGAUGGGCGACGAGGAGGGCGCGCUCGGGUACGCGCUCAAGGUCAAGGACCGCUUCAAGGGGCCGCGCACAAAGUACUACGUCCUCAAGGCCUUCGCCUCCACGGCCGAGGCAGUCAGCAUCGCCUCGCGGCUUGGCAUGGCGUACGAGCGCGCGCUCGGCCUGGAGCGGUGCGCCCAGUUCCUACGCGACCUCGGCAUCAACCCGGGCGCCGAGGCCGGGGGGCGGAGUCGCUCGCUCGGGAGCGGAGCGGUCGGCGGCCGAGCUGGAGCGGGGGACUUCGACGCCGUCGGCCUCGACACCCACGCUGACGCCGCACUUGGCGAGGCCUCCUCCCCUGUUAUGAGGAGCGGGGGCAUGCGGCACACAAGCGCGUGUGUAUGCUGCUCCCAGGCCUCGUGGCUCGUCAGCUUGUUGCUCAUGUUCAUGCGGUGCAUUCACUCACACCACCGCAGUACAAUCGAUUGA